GCUAGAGAGUGUGAUGCCCGCUACCUAAAGAGGCACCGGCACCCUAGCACGCAGGUAUUCCCCAUGCCUCCUUCCGGAACUGCCUGUGGCCGCCUAUAGCAGUGUUCCAUGAACCUAAGGGAAGGCCAUCCCAUCCUGAGAAAAAAAACACAACCUUACCUAACCAACUUAACGACUCCAUCUUUUUAUUCUACUCCAUCUCGCAUCUUACUGUACCAUCCCUUUCUCGGGGUGCCCACCGCAAUCAAUCGCUCCGGGCUCCUUUUCGCCUGUCGCCAACCGCUCACUGACUCCGACUUUGAUUCUGUCUGCUCUCUUGCACUUCAAUACUCUUAUCGGUUCCGGAAUGAGGUAGCCGUUCGAAUACGCUCAGCUCCCUGACCGGACUGAGUCUGUGCCAGCGACCCGACCCCGUGAAAUCCACCUUCGUCGCAUUGCCAGCCACGCCCCUCGACCUUGGACCCCAUGAGCCGCGACCACAAGGCACCUGCUGGGCCUCGACCAGCCAACUUUUCUCCAACGCGAUUGUGAGCCUUUUCCAUCUGACAUUUUUCUGUUUGUUUCGUUCGUUUGACAUAUUGGCCAAUGCGUGUUGUGCGUACCGUUGUCAUUGUCAUAUCCAAGUCUUUUAUCGCCCUGCAUUUCUGCACAUGGCCAAGCUGACCUUGAUCUCUUUGUGACAGGGGCAAAACCGCCAACGCUCAGCCUCGACCACAUAUCCCCUCGACGAACCCUGGCUUUGCCUCCGACGAUCCAAUGCUCAGCGCAACUCCUUCCAAUAAUCAUUCCAUUUUUUCUUUUAGUCGUGAUGGAGAUUCAGGUCAAUUAAACGACUCGACUGCUUCUUUCGAUUUCUUGCCCUCUGUUAGCUUCGACGAUUUACAGAGUAGCAUCGAAUCCGCUUCAACAGACUUCAAACUGACCCAAUUCCCGUCUCCCAACGGCGAAGGGGGCAUCCUCGACACCCACGGGGUAGAUAACGCCAGUAUGUCUUCUAGAUCUCAAGUAGCUCCGUCAUCGAAUGGUGCUGCCACUCGAACUGCUGUCCAAACCAGCACUCGACCCGCUCGAUCAGGCUCGCUACUGCGUCGACCUAGUAAUUCUAACAGACCGCCUGCCAAUGCCUCCGGUGCUUCUGGUCCGACUGAUCAUAUCCACGGGCCGGGCGCUGCACGCUCUCGUCGACAAAGCCAAUACCCGCCUGUCUCCAAUACCGUCGUUCCAAAACCUCCUCGAAAGUCGAUCGGCCCAGGAAUUGUUGGCGAUGGGGACUAUGGAGCUCGACCUCCCCAGAAGCGGCGCCCCAGUCUCUUCUCUGAAGGGACGCCUGCCGGCUCGACGAGAGCUUCUAUGGACGGCAAUCCAUCGUGGCUCGAUAAUACAAGAAAUUUUCCCAACUCAAGGGCUGCGAAAUCCAAAUCAGUACAACCGCCACCACGACCAAAUCAAACCAACCUUGGUCUUGGUAACACCCUCACCCCAGAGCAGAACCGACACUCGACCCUGGCCCCGCGAUCACCUCGGGUCGGAGGCCGAUUGAGCACGCCGUCCUCCGCCAACAAGAGAGUUUCGAUGAUGCCCGGCGCCCACCAUUCAUCACAUGCGACUGGCCUCGGCGCGAGGACAAUUAGUCCCACUGAUACAAGGAGGAUGAAGCGACUCUCAACAAUGCCACAGUCAUUGAGUCUUGGUCAGAUUUCCACCCCUCCGCCUCCACCACCAGUGUCGAUGAACAAUCAACCUGAGAGAGCUGAAUCGAAAUCGCCUUCCAUGAUUCCAAGGCGAACUUCUGGUACCCCAUCAUCCUCGAGAACUACCCCAGACCUCCACCGUAAAUCCUUCAACUCAAAUCUAUCAGUUAACUCUGGCUUCAGCCUGAACUCGGCUAGAACAUCAACUGGAUCGUUACACCGUAUAUCUGGGUCUUCAUCUACGUCACGCUUGCCUGCACCAAAACAUACGACAGUCCACAAUCCUAUUCCAACUGAUGAUGACGAAUAUGUUCCGCCUGUCCCUGCUAUACCGAAAGCCUACGAGUCGCCGAAAGACUCGCCCGCAGACACUUAUUUCAUGGAGAAGAAAAAGACUGCGCUUAGCAACAUGGAUGUCAUGGGCAUGAACUCAAACUCUACUGGAGUCAUUUCUAUGCCUGUCUUUCCUGAGCCCACGAAGCUUCAGAGAAAGCCCAGCGCGCGAAAGAGCUAUGUGCCGAGUGUGGCCGCUGAGCCUGAUAGCAAGGCCACUCCUCCAAAUAAGCGACAUCUGCAACCUCUAAGACUGCCACCAAUCAACCUGGGACCUUUGAGCACCCCAACUGCUAACAAGAUUGCAGCGUUGCAAGACCACAGCAGUGUAGAUAGGCACGAAACUCCACCACCAGCCCGGCAAUUGCCAAAGACUCCCACAACCCCUAUGACAGCUUCCAAAAGCUCCUUCUUUGCCAAAAGUCGCCAUGGCGAUACUCCUGAGCUUCCAUCUCUCAGGAGCAGCAGUUCAAUUCAUCACACCCAUCUCACGCCUACACCUCCUGACGCUAGUUCGACUGAAUCGUCGUUAGCUUUCAAGGAACUUGAUCACAAGCAAAGCAUGUCACCUUUCUUGUCAUCCUCUUUACCGAAAGGCGGCGCGGACCAUGGUUUCUUGAAGAGGUCGAAGACGGGAGCCGACUUCAUGACUUUGGAUGAAAACAUGUUCCAAGAUCAAAUCCACCAGAAGCCUACGGGUCCUCGCGCGCCUAAAGAGGCAGAACCAACCCCCAAAUCUCCUCAACCGGAACAUUCGCUGGAUGAGCCACAAACACCCUCCUCCAUGAGCUCUAUUCGACGAAAACUCAGUCUUUCUUGGAAGCGUGGGAACUCCAAGAGCAAUAUUACUGCCCCUACAGAUGUGGUUGAGAAAGCCAGCGCGAAGCAGCCAGAGGAACCUAUGCCUCCUCCCAGGAUCCCUAUCUCCUCCACUUUAAACAACCUGUCAACUCUCAAGCAAGCCAGUCCUUCCCCAACCGUGAAGCAGCCUCCUGGAGGGUAUCUUGAGUCGCGGAGGCGAAAGAGCUCUGGUGGAAGCCUCAAUGGGUUCAUCUCCCACGACAAGACAAAAAGCGAAUCUUGGACUGCGAAAAAAACAGUGCCAGACCCUUCAACAAUGCCCGUUGGUCGAAAUACUUCAGUUAUGCAGAAAAUCCUUCGCCCCAGGAAUUCUUCUGGCAUGUCGAAGGGCCCCGACUCAUACUCUGCAGACCUCGACAAGGAUGAUAUGGCAGCAGAAGAAGAGAUGGCUAAGUUGGGUUCCAGGCGCAAAGAGACGGAUGUUGCUGCUAGAACCCUGGACGCGCUCAGAAAGCGAGCCACCCCCAAAGAGCGAGUUGGCGCUCACGAAGCAAUUCGUAUUGCCAUGCUCAAUAUUUAUGAGAGGGGCGAAAUUGUGGACUAUACCGAUGUGUACUUUUGUGGGACACAGAACGCCCACAAGGUUGUAGGCGAUCUCCAGUCUGAUGCACCCAACUUUGGAUACGACGACGAGCGUGGCGAUUAUACCAUUGUGCCUGGAGACCACCUUGCAUAUCGAUAUGAGAUCAUUGAUGUUCUCGGAAAGGGAAGCUUUGGACAAGUCGUUCGAUGCAUUGAUCACAAGACUGGUGGUCUGGUAGCUAUCAAGAUCAUAAGGAACAAGAAAAGAUUCCAUCAACAAGCUCUUGUGGAGGUCAAUAUUCUGCAAAAGCUUCGUGAAUGGGAUCCAAAGAAUAGGCACAGCAUGGUCAACUUUACACAAAGUUUCUAUUUCCGUGGUCAUCUCUGCAUCUCUACAGAAUUACUUGACAUGAAUCUCUACGAGCUCAUCAAAGCCCAUGCUUUCAGAGGAUUCUCUAUCAAGAUCAUUCGGCGCUUCACCAAGCAGAUUCUCAGCUCACUCAAUCUGCUCAAGCAGCACAAAGUCAUUCAUUGUGAUCUCAAACCCGAAAAUAUUCUCUUGCGACAUCCCCUUCAUGCGGAAAUCAAGGUCAUUGACUUUGGCUCCAGCUGUUUUGAAAAUGAGAAGGUGUAUACUUAUAUUCAGUCUCGUUUCUACCGAUCACCAGAGGUCAUCCUUGGCAUGACCUAUGGUAUGCCGAUUGACAUGUGGAGCGUUGGCUGUAUCCUGGCAGAACUAUAUACUGGGGUCCCUAUUUUCCCUGGAGAAAACGAACAAGAGCAACUUGCCUGUAUCAUGGAGGUCUUUGGGCCUCCUGAAAAGCACUUGAUUGAAAAGAGCACUCGAAAGAAACUGUUCUUCGAUUCAAUGGGCAAACCCCGUCUUACAGUAUCGUCUAAAGGCCGCAGACGUCGCCCUUCUUCCAAAACUCUAGGCCAGGUACUCAAAUGCGACGACGAGGUCUUCAUAGACUUUCUGCAUAGGUGCUUACGUUGGGACCCCGAACGACGCAUGAAACCUGAGGACGCGAUUCGGCACGAGUUCAUUACUGGGCGUAAGAUGCCCGUCCCUCGUAUGCCGCCAACUCGCGAAUCAUCACCCAUGAAGCGGCAUAACACAAUUUCGACGCCACGGCCUCUCCCAGAACCUCCAGGUGCUAGUGCCAAACCCCCAAUGUCUCUGCGAACCGGAGCCAGCCCUCACAAACUAGUCUCUGGUGGUGUGCGAAAGACUUCCGGGACCACGGGACCUAUUGGCUCCAUGCCAACCAAACGAACGAGCGCUGGUACGACUGGACUUGCACAAGGAGCAAGUGGCUUGCCUCGAGCUGCUGGUAGGAGUGUGAGCGCGAAGCAGGACCUGGCCGCUGCGGGUGCAACAGCCGCAAUGAGUCGACGAACAUAGUUUUUAUUUGGAGGAUGCCUUUUUAUCAUGAUUGGAGUUCAGGUUGCGUUAAACAUUUUGUUUUGACCAUUGUGCAUCUUUGGGUAACUGAUGCACUAUGCAACGGCGUUGCCAGGGACAGUUUGACUUUGGUCUUCGCCUUACAAACAAAAACUGCAUGGAUUUUACGAGGGUGGGCGAAGGCAUGGAGGAUGCAGAAGAGGGAAGAUGGGAUUGGGGCACAUGAUACAUCUCGAUCAUUCAUUUCAAUCCUUGUUACCACGCCUACACGAUGACCAAAGACGUCUGCUUUCCGGCCCCUUUGCGAUGGAUCUGCGGGAGGCAAAUUCGUGAUACAACGAGACGGUGAUUAGUGAGUCAACUUAGCUUGAGAUUGGGCGGCAACUGUUUUGGGAAGGGGGUAUAUCACGAGAUUUGACGACUGUUUCAACUCAACUCAAUAGAUGUCGUUGUCCGCAUCGAAUCGGAGAGUAUAGAAGUUAAGGGGGCUCGCAAGAAGGGUUCGGACACCCAGAUAGAGUAUGGCUAACACCAAUGAGCCUUCCAGGCAUUCAGAUAACUUUACUCAUAAUGGAACAUUCGAGGCUAGAUUCAUUGUUGACUCUUGAUUAUUGACUGAGGCCUCCCUUCCAUGAGUACAAUUAUUGGUGCUUGUGCAAGAGCCGCUAACAUGUACGACGUCAGAUGCUUAUUUGAUCGUCAAACAGCUGAGGUUCCGAAGCUCGAAGGAUGGGACAAUUUCGAGACACGUCGCCGCGGUUGCAGAUCAGCCUUACGCCUUAUGAUGUCGGACAGAUGACGGGCCACGCCUAGGAUCACGAAUAGGAUCGCGGCUGCGUCAAGAUCAAAAGAAGAGGCGCGAGGCAUGGCGGCAAAUGUUGUGCCGGGGGGUUCAUGUAACGGUCUUGUGCUAACUGUAAGCGGCGACAUCUUUCGCUGGAAGGGAAAGAUGGGUAGGGUUGAGGAUGUAAACGCAUCGGCAAACAGCCGCGCCGCCAAAUGGAAAAGCUAGGCGAUGGUGCAGGGAGCCAUGCCCCUUGAUCAAUAACGUCGGUCUCGGCGAGUGGGAAACAGAUGUUCAGAAAGGGGUGGAUGUGAAGAUGAUUGGCAAAUCAACGACGGGAGCUGGGUUCAUCUUAAUAUUAGAAACGGGUCCGGCCGAGAGUUCAGUCUGACAUCUGUCACAGUAUGCUCAAACGACUGCAUGUGUGCCGGUAUCGUAUUAGUUGGGUUCAUGAGUCCAAGGCAGACUGAGCUCAAUAUGAGUGUCCCUAGAAAGAAUCAAGAUGCACAAAGGUGGGUCAUCAGAAUGCCUUGCGUCUUAUUGUAACCGGUAUGACUUUUUUGGGCGUUAAGUAGUCGCUGCAAGAGAACAG